UCCCAGUUGUGGACUGCAGUUGUGCCACUGUUUGGCUUGUAUGGACGACGGGGGGUCCGCAGCAGCAAAGUUGAGAGUAGCUGGUCUGUCGCAUGUGCGUUUACGUUCUGUUUGACCGCCCCCCCUGAAUACGUCAAAGUCACCACCUACAAAUGCCUACCAUUGCUGCUUGAAGUUUAAGUCCACUAUUCAUGCCGUACCCCUGGAAGAGUUCGGGCGCUUCCAAACAAAAAAAAUCACCGCUUGUGCUGGAACAAGUUUGGUUUUUCUUGUGUCUAAGCGGUGCUCUCACCUACAGACUCUCCAACUAUUUUCCCGGAAAAGAAACGGAAAAGGACUGGUGUGGUCCCCAGAUAUUGGCGAUCGAAAAAUGUUUGGUCUUGCGUGACCUUGCGUUUCUCUUGCGCGCGCUGCUGAUCGAACGCGAACGAAGCCGAAAUAUUUUCUCGGUCCCGCAUGACAACAGUGUGAGAACUAGACGCUUAGCCCUAAUUAAUCAUGUGACAAAUGAGACAUUAAAGUUCGCACCACUUACCCGGAACAAAUAGCACGACGAG